GACCUACUUGUACCGUGUUCAAGACAACUCGGAAACUCGUUCGGAAACUCGUAAGAUGAGGUCCACGUUUCCCAUUUGGAAAGUAUCAGAAUCAACCAAUAGGAACCUCUACGCAAAAAAUCGUACCCACAUUUUCACUCGGAUGUUCUGAUCUUUCCGAGUUGUCAUGAAAGCAUCACGUGUGAGGUCUAGUCUGUGAGGUGAAAAUAGCCUAUUGCAGUCGAUGCUAUGUGCCGGGAGGAAUUGAGGGGAGCUGUUUCCAUGUCUUUCGCUUUGAAAACAAUUCUGGUUCUCCCCAAAAAUGUAGGUCAGUAGAUCAGUGGAGCAAACGCACACUCGAGGAAGUCCUGGGAUGCGCUCGUGGGAGUUUAAUAAUUUGUGGAAUAUUUGUGGCAUUCUACCAUUUAAUUUCACAGGAGAAAACAAUAGCCCUCCUGUCUCUCGGCCUGACGUCAUAACCCCACGCCUGGCAGGAGCCAUGCCUCAUGUCAUAACCCCCCACCUGGCAGGAGCCAUGCCAAUCCAAGAGCUGCCUAGGAAACGGAAGGGGGAUCUAGACAACAGGGAAAAUAGUGAUACUCAAAUGGAGGAGGAACAGAGCAGAUCGGAAGACGAUGAUCAGCAGGUCAAAAUGAAAUGCUUCAGGGAGCCACACAGCCAAAUUGAAAAGCGGAGGAGGGACAAAAUGAACACCCUUAUCGAUGAGUUGUCAGGCAUAAUUCCCUCCUGUAACCCCAUGGCCAGAAAGCUUGACAAACUCACGGUGCUGCGAAUGGCUGUGCACCACCUCAAAGCCCUGAAAGCAGGUGCCAGCAGCUCCUUUACUGACGUUAACUACAAACGCAAGCCUUCGUUUCUGCCUCAGGAUGAUCUCAAGCACCUGGUGCUCACGGCUGCAGAUGGGUUCCUGUUCGUGGUGAGUUGCGACAGGGGGAAGAUCCUCUUUACCUCAGAAUCCGUCUCCAAGUUCCUCAACUACAGUCGGUUGGAACUAAUUGGACAGAGUCUUUUUGAUUAUGUCCACCCGAAGGACAUUAGUAAAGUGAAAGAGCAGCUGUCAGCCUCAGGAUUAUACCCUCGCGAACGGCUCAUAGAUGCCAAAAGGUUACAGGUACAGGACCUUCCUGUGGGAGCAGUUCAGCUGUGUACAGGGGCACGGCGCUCCUUCUUCUGCCGCAUGAAGCACAGCAGAACAGUUAUGAAGACAGAAGACAAAACCAUCCAGCCCAGCAGCUCCAAGAAAAAGGAGUCUCAACGAUACUGCACUGUCCAUUGCACUGGUUACAUGCGGAGUUGGCCCUCCACCCAGCUGGAUGCUGAGAGCGACGAUAACGAGUUCUCCCAUCUGUCCUGCCUGGUCGCUGUGUGCCGCGUUCACCCUAACAAUGCCUGUCAGCCCUCACGUGAGGUCAAGGUCAAACCCACCCAGUUUGUCACUCGCUUUGCAAUUGACGGCAAGUUCACCUUCGUGGACCAACAAGCCACUACUGUUCUGGGCUACUUGCCACAGGAACUACUGGGGACGUCGUGUUAUGAGUACUUCCACCAGGACGACCUGCAACAACUUGCAGAGACACACAGGAAAGUUCUCAGCAGUAAAGAGAAGAUUGAGACCAGCUGCUACAAGUUCAAAACAAAACAUGGCUCCUUCGUCAUGCUUCAAAGUCAGUGGUUUAGUUUUAUAAACCCGUGGACCAAAGAAGUGGAGUUUAUUGUGUCAUCCAACCGAGUUUUGGGACCCGGUCACACAGAAGCUGAACAGCCGAGUAGCUCCAAGCUGUCGGAGGAAGAUUGCAAACGUACCAUCCUUAUCCCUGGCAUCUCCAGUGGCAUGGCCACUAUGAUCUACGCUGGUAGCAUAGGGACCCAGAUAGCAAACGAGCUCUUGGACUCCAACAGGGUCAACUGUUCUCCAUCCAGUGGAACCUCCAGUCCCUUCUGUCCACCUCAGGACAGGUCUCCAAAGGUCUCCUCUCAUGCCAAUAUGCCAAAUGAGGAGGUGACUGACUCAGAUACAGUGAGCAAGUCUGGAUCAGAGUCUGCUUCAAAGGGGGCCACAUACGCUGGCAGCGACACACAUAUGGACACAGGAGAGAGCUCCCAGAUGGACCUGGACAGCAUGGUGGGACCAGGCCUCGGUACCCUGAGCAACGAUGAGGCUGCCAUGGCCGUCAUCAUGAGCCUGCUGGAGACUGAUGCCAACCUGGGGGACGCAGUAGACUUUGACAACAUGCACUGGCCUCACUAGCAGAGAUUCAAAUGCCAUCAAUUCAGGAGAAUAAUUGAGAUUCCAAUUCAAUAAUUGAAAAAUUAUAUUUAUUCUUACGUACAUUACUUCAUUUAUUUAUUUAAGCAUUUUCAAAGAGGAUUUCAUUCAAUUCCUGAAUUGGGAUUUCAAUUCACUUCCAGAAUUGAAAUGGAAUUGACCCCCAACACCAUCAGUCCUAAACUCUGUAGUUUAUGGUUAGACUAGCUCCAUCCAGGGACUAUAUUUUUGUGUGCGCCGCUAUCAAGGAAACAGAUUUAUGUGCUUCUGAGGGACUUCUACGGCUCGGCUCUCUGUUCAUGUUUCAGGAAGAGAUAUCCAGCCUGGGCUAAAACCAGUAAACGCUUUGGUGGCUUACACAGCUGUUUCAAGUUUGUUGUGGAUUUUUUUGAUCAAUGUUUCAAUGUAACUGAAUGUGUACUAAAACCACCCUUGUUUGCCUAUAUCUGGGGGGUCACAGAUCGAUAGCAGUUUGGUACUCUUGGGGUUCCCGCCGGUGUGAAAGUGAUCAACUCAAAUUCCAAGGGAGUAGACGGCGACAUAUGUUAAUCAAUUGCAAAGUAUAUGAAUUCUGAACACUGAUCACUUGUGUGAAUAACUUGAAAUGAAACAUUGCAACUGUGUCUUCA